AUGAACUUUGCUCUCAGGCCUCCAUCAGCAGGCAGUUCUGGGCCCGGCGCCGGCAGAGGAGCCACCAUGGAGAACCUGGAGAAGCAGCUGGUCUGCCCGGUCUGCCUGGAGCUGUUCUCCAAACCCGUGGUCAUCCUGCCCUGCCAGCACAACCUCUGCCGCAAGUGUGCCAACGACAUCUUCCAGUCGGCUAACCCCCUGGUCCAGGCCCGCGGCUCCUCCAGCACGGCUUCCAGUGGCGCUCGCUUUCGCUGCCCAUCGUGCCGCCACGAGGUGGUGCUGGACCGCCACGGGGUCUACGGUCUGCAGAGGAACCUGCUGGUGGAGAACAUCCUGGACAUCUACAGACAACAGGAGUCCUCCAGCCGUGUGAACAUAAAGCCGGGGCGGCGGCAGCAGCAGCAGCUGCUGUGUGAGGAACACGAAGAGGAGAAGAUCAACAUCUACUGUCUGUCCUGUGAGACGCCGACCUGCUCCAUGUGCAAAGUGUUCGGAAAACACAAAGACUGUGACGUCGCGCCGCUCAGCAGCGUCUACAUGAGACAGAAGACAGACCUGAGCGAUGGCAUUGCGAUCUUGGUCGCCAGUAACGACCACGUCCAGGCGGUCAUCACUCAGAUGGAAGAAAUCUGCCACACUGUAGAGGAGAACGGUCAACGACGGAGGGAACAGCUGGUCGCCCGCCUCGACGGCCUGGUGGGCGUCCUGGACGAGAGGAAGCAGGAGCUGGUGGGGCUCAUCGGCAGAGAGCAGGACGACAAACUCAAACGCGUUCGAUCUCUCAUCCGCCGGCACGGCGACCACCUGGAGGCCGCGGUGGCGCUGGUGGAGUCGGCCCUCCAGUCGAUCGAAGAGCUCCACAUGCCGAUGUUCAUACAGAGCGCCACCGUCAUACUGGAAAAGAUAGCGGCGACAGCCAGGGACUCGAACAUGGAGCGUCCAGAGCUCGGUUAUGAGAAUAUGAGCCACUUUGUCAUCGAUACUGACGACCUAGCUGACGUGCUGAGGAACAUCGACUUCUCACCAGGCACGUGCCGUGGUGUGGGACAUGAUGGAGAGGAAGAUCCUGAAGGAGAUGGAGAGGAGUCAGAACUUGACCUUUGCUCCAGAGUUUGA